UGUGCUGCUAUGAUUGAAGAUGAAGAGAUAAGAAGUUUUCCGCAAAAAUAUAUAUGUACAAAACCACCAUGUAUGGUCUAUUUCUCAUCAAACGGUAACCCCGUGAUUAACAUAAGUACAAAAGAUUAAGCGGUUUUUCGUACAUCUGUCCAAACAACCAUAUUUUUUCCAUCUUGAAAAGAAAGGCAAAUGGCCACAUGUAACCUGUGGAUGUGUCGAUGGCCUUCAUUAAAUAUUCACGUGGAGAAAUGAGCAUCUUACCAACCAUGUUCGAAAAGGUUCAAAAACUUGGGCGGCAAUACAAAUACUCUCUUGCCCUCUCCGCAUGUUUCACAAUGCACUUUGUAGCCUUGUAGGUGUACACGUGCUAUACAUAUUCCCUUCAAAAGAAAAUGUAGGUGCUAUACUAAAAUUUGGGUAGCAGUCAUACACUGCUUAAAAUUUUGGGCCGGCCACACUCAAGCUGGACGUUUCAGCCUUUCAGCUUUACUAUAUAUUUUGGCCUCCUGCCCAUAGCGCAUGCACUUGAGUAUACCACCGGGCAAUAUGAAAGGGACAAUGGAGGGAGAAGCGAGCCCUGAGCUGAAACUCGAAGGCGACAUACCUGCCCGGUAUGUCAUGCCGCAGCAGGACCGCCCGUCCGCUGCUGCAGGUGUUGCGCCUAUCCCCGUCAUCGACCUCGGCCGCCUAUCCAGGCCUGACGCAGAUGGUGGUGCCGUCGAGGAGGAAGCGAAACUCCGGUGGGCGCUCGAGACCUGGGGCUUCUUCAUGAUUACUAACCAUGGUAUAGAGGCCUCUCUUAUGGAUUGGAUGAUGAAUGCAUCGAAGGAGUUCUUUGGGCAGCCUACUGAAGAGAAGCAAACAUACAACAACAUAAUUGAUGGCAAGCGUUUUCGUCUUGAAGGGUACAGAAGUGAGCUGCUGCAAUCUGAAGGCCAGACCAUCGAUUGGUCCUGUCGUUUAUCUCUGCAAGUAGAACCGGAAGGGGAGAGAAGUUUCCACCUUUGGCCCAAGUAUCCCAAAUCUUUGAGGCAAGCAAUCUGGUUCUCAGUAGCUCACUAAUAAGUAGAAGGAAAUAAAACCACUAUUAUCUAUAGUCAUCCAGAUAGCUAAAUAAUAAGACUGUUGAGCCAAUGCAUUCACACACACACAAAAUUUCAUAUAAUAACUAUAUGUGCAUAGAAAAUA